AUGAAGCCAUGUGUUGAACACGUUGAUUGGGUGACGACAAACGACUGCAUUGAUAGCACCUUGGAUCCGCUCCCUCAAGAUAGCGCUUGUAUCCAGAGUGAAGCCUCUCCAUCCUUCGACUGUUGUCAAUUACACUUGGGCCUCUGCUACUGCAGCUGUCUGUCAGUCAUGUCUCGCUUGACGUCGGCCCAAAUCAUCAGCUUGGGGGAAUAUCUGGAACCAGACUUCGACCCUUCAUCGCUCACGGUCUCCCAGCUUCUCGGAGUUCUCGGCUUCCAUAACAUCAAAUAUCCAACGCCUUACACAAAGCCGAAGCUGGUCCAAGUUUUCAACGAUGAAGUCAAGACGAGAGCUGCUAAAUUUAAGAAAGAGAGGGCGAAGAGGGCGAAUAGUAUUGCAAGUGAGGAAGGGAUCGUGGAUGGCCACACCGGACAACCUUUAGUCAGUAGGACAAAGGCAGCUGCGCCAAUUGCUAGACGCUCGUCGAGGCGCCUUUCACAGGCUCCCAGGGAUGAGGAAAGUUCUCCAACACGACCGGAACCGCCGAAGCGAAGGAGGUCUUCAGCUCAGCCCACGCUUGGUGGAACUUCGAGAAAGGUGGCCCCAGUUCCAAUAACUGUUAUAGAGGAGAGUGAGCCAGAGGAAGACGAGAUGCCCAUAAAGAAGGUGGGCCGCACGAAGAAACUGACCUCAGCUGGCCAAGCCAGGCGCGUCUCACACGUCUCGGGCGAAGAAAGCGGCUGGGAGGAUAACAACAUCUUUCAAUCCGGAGCCGAAUCGUCUUCUCCGGCUCGUCCUUCGCCAGUUCGACCAAGAGCUUCCAGGACAAGUGGCGUACCGCGGAAGACACGCAAGUCGACGUCUGCUCCUCCUCAAGUGCGCGACCCAUCGUCAUCGCCUCUUCGAGCACCCGAGAUCGAAGAUGCGGCGCGUUCACCGCCGCAGUCUUCAUUUCAGCCUUCACUCCCUCCUUUCUCGAAGUUCAAAUUCCCGCCGCCUUCGAGGUCCAGAAUUACUCCGGUUCCGGAAUUCAGGCCUCUUGAACCGACAAGGAAAGAAUCUGAAGAAUCUAUUCUCAGCGAAACGGUCGAAGAGGCUAUCAUCGAAGAAACUGAGCCACCGUCACAAGAAGUCGUUCCUGUCGCAUCUGUUAAAGAUAGCGAAAGCUCAGUGGACGACGAGAUUUCAAGUCAGGUUGCCACCGAGGAACUGGGUGUCAUUCAGUCUCAACCGAUACCAGAGAUCUAUCGGCCAAGUACCCUGCAAGUCCUCGCCCGCGCUCUCAUCUGGGUCCUGAUUUUGGCUUCGGGGUAUGCGACCUACAACUACAAGGUUGAAUCUUCUUCCAUCGGCUACUGUGACGCGGGCAGUAACACCAGCCAAGCUCUCGAGGCAAUCUUGUCCAAACGAAUGGCUGUCGAAGACUGUAUCAAAGAGGGCAGACCAUUCCUUGCCUCAGUCCAGAAUACAUCGGACGAAGAAACACCGAAACCCGAAGAACUCUGUUUGCUCCCCUUGAUCCCGGUUCCACAGCCACAGGCCUGCACGCCUUGUCCUGACCACGCGUCAUGUGCACAGUUUGGCGUCACCUGCGACUCAGGGUACCUCGUGAAGCCACACAUCUUGUUGUCUUUCGUCCCUGUCUCAGCGUCUUCGUCGAUUCUCACCACAACACAUGCGCCGUAUCUGACUGAGUCGUUCUUUAAAGCCGUUUCCGCCGCUACCGACGGUCUCCCGGGUUUCGGCAGUGUAGGCCUACCCCCGAGAUGUGUUGAGGAUCCGAAGAGAAAACGACAUAUCGGAAAUCUCGGAAAGGCCAUCGAGUCGAAGCUGGGAAGGGAACGAGGUCGUCGGGUUUGUCGUGGUGAUCCCGUGAACGCAACAAUCCCACAGGAAGGGCCAGAGGAGGCCAUGAAGUGGGGUAUUGAAAUGACCCAAUUGAAGGACACUUUCAAGAAAACCACUUCCCCAGCCUUGCUCCCGGUGUUUGAUGAUAUGUUUAAUGAGGCAAUUCAGCAACUGACCCAAUGGGGUGGUGUGUUUGUUGGUGAAGCUGAAGAUGGCACCCGUUAUGUAGCGCACAAGACGCCAGAAAUGAGCUGGAAUUGUACGAUUACCGUUAAAUCUAGGGAACUUUGGGCUGCGUGGCGCACGACUGUGCUCGCCUCCGUUCUUGCGGUGCUCACUACUCUAGGGCUGCGUCUCCGGAUGACACAGAAACAAAAGGAAAGUCGACGGAUCGCUGGAUUAGUCCAAGUCGCUUUGGACACCUUACGUAACCAGGAGAUGGCGCACUACACUGACCCGCUGACCACUCCGGAACCAUAUCUGUCCUCCAUCCAAUUGCGAGAUCUUGUUCUCCAAGACGAGCAUUCGGUGCCAACAAGAAGAAGGUUGUGGGAGCGUGUGGAACGCGUGGUUGAAAGCAAUGCGAAUGUACGCGCUAAUCUUGCUGAGAUCGAGGGUGGAGACGAAACGAGGGUCUGGAGGUGGGUAGGGAGCACAGGAAGAACUCCGGGAAGAAAGGAAGUGGACAGUCUGGAAUGA